AUGCUGCAAGAAGGACCUUCGGUCGCAUUUACCCAGGUUGUGUCCUGGUUAAGUUUGGAGUUACAAGAACUUGCUAAUCUAGAAGAACAUAUAAAUGCUGUCAGCAACCUUGAAGAGAUCAGUUCAUUCCUGAUGGAAGUAAGUGCAUUCCUACGAGAACUGUCUUGUCCAUAUGAAGCCCUCACUUCAGGGCCCAUAGAACAGAGAUUGAACACACGUGAGAAUCGAGUUUUACUAUUGGACUUCUUAACCACUGAACUAUCCAGUGUAAGAAUAAUAUCUGUUAACAAACCAUCACCUCUGAUCAUUGGCAAAGAGAAAAAGAAAGAUGAUGAUGAAUCUGAUGUUGCCUUUUUCUUAAAACAAGCCCUUACUGUCCUUGGCUUGACAAAUAUCCCUAUCGAUGUUAGUCCGGAAGCUUUGUUUACAGACUUGGACAGAGAAAUCCGUUCACUUGUUGAGAAACAUCCAGACAGACUUGGUAAAGCAGCAUUGAAUCAUUCGCUAUCAGAAGACCAGUGGAUCGAGGUUCAGAGGAUUAAUGAGGCACUGAGUGAGGAGUACAACAUUCGACGGGAAAUGCUCCUGAAAAGAAUCGACGUGACUGUCCAGUCAUUCAUGUGGUCGAAAGUCCACACCAAUGACAUUCUGAAGGUUUAUACACGCAGCCGCAGUUGUUUACAAACCAAAUCAAAUGUGACAAUUGCUUCACUCCUUGCUAGCAGGGAUGACCUGUUACGUCUUCAGAAGACAAGCAGUGGUCAUGAUCGAGAGGUCACCAAAUGUGAUGUUAACAAAGUUCUGAUUGGGGCAGUUCCUGAUCGAGGGGGACGAGCAUGGGAACAUGAUGUCCCACGAGAAAUGCCACAGUUUAAGAAACGUGUUGCUGGUGGUGGAGGGGGUCACCGUGGUGGAGGUCGAGGUGGAGGAGGACAUCGGGGUGGCUUUCACAAAUCAGGUCAUAGAAAUCACAAAUAUUAA